AUGGAGAAUAAGGUGCCAACCUUUUGGUUCAACUCUUCUAAUACUAAUGUGGCAACAUUCAUUUUUUCUGCCUGUGACCUUUACCCUGAUCGGUGUACGAGACAUUUACACCGUCUAGGUGUGACUGGAUAUAUUUGUGUGACCGAUGAAUACUUGGGUUACAGUUGCGAUCAUUGGGGUUCUGUCGGGUGGAACACUGGGACUCCAUGGGGUUACCAACCACAAUCAGCCAUCUCUAAGGUAGAUGACACAGGUAGAUCCUUGCUGGAGCGUAUGACCCUUAAAACAGGCCCGACUACUUCCAAAUUCACUCUAUCUAUACAGCACCCCAGCUCUGGUGAUGCUGACCAUUACGUUUUUGGCCUGUAUAACGCCGGUAAUCAACCGCUACUAUGGUUUGACUUAAAAGAUAUGUACCAGAAUAAUUAUACUGAUACACAGACGAAUCCAAUCAAACCCAACAUAGCCACCCUGAAUGAUAUGGUGGCAAUUUCAAACCCUACUUUUGCAGACACUAUGGCAGUCGAGACAGGAUUUAGUGACGUCAAUGUUUGGCUAGAAUGGAUACAUUACACUGCUAACAAACAUAACAGAAGAAAUUGUUUUGUCUGCGGGGGGGCGCGCUCUCAUCUUGGUACUGUACCCCUUGACCUCCUCAGCGAAGUGAAGGACUGUUUCCUUAGUUUAUUCACUAAUUCCACAACUAACCACUCCCUAUGUGAGGUUUGGAAAUCAGAUUACCCAAUUAUCCCAAAUCCACCAAGACAAUGUUUAGGUAUAACCAUUUACCCCGGAAAUUACACCUGUUAUUAUAACUACAAUGCCACAGAUGCUAGACCUGUCGGUAAUUUCUCUGAUGGCUACUGUUCUAACUAUUCAGACGGUUCUGCUCCCCCUCUCCAGCGCCAGACUCAAUCACUCAGUGAUGUUUUUUGGAUAUGUGGUGAUAUGAGAAUCAGGUCCCACCUACGUGGCAACUGGUAUGGUGAGUGUGCCUUAUGCAAAGCCAUUAUGCCUCUUCAUAUAAUUCCCUGGGGUGAACCCACCGUUUCCAACCGAUCCACUCAUACCCGUCAAAAACGUAACGUUCUCCCUGGGGGUAGCCUUGAUCCUCAUGUCUAUAUUGAUGCCAUAGGUGUCCCUAGGGGGGUUCCCAACGAAUUUAAAGCUUGUGAUCAGGUUAAGGCUGGUUUUGAAUCUCUAAUUCCUCUGAUAACUAUCAACAAGAACGUUGACUGGAUUAAUUAUAUAUAUUAUAAUCAACAACGUUUUGUUAAUUAUACUAGAGAUGCCCUCCAAGGCCUAGCAGAACAGUUAGAAUCUACUUCUCAAAUGACUGUCCAGAACAGGAUUGCAUUAGAUAUGUUACUUGCUGAAAGAGGUGGUGUUUGUAAGUUUUUAGAUAAAUCGACCACCUGCUGCACUUACAUCCCUGACAAUACUGGUCCUAACGGCAAGGUCACUCUUGCUAUUAAGAAAUUAGAUGACCUAUCAAUUGAGUUGAAGAAAAAUUCAGGCAUCACUGAUCCCUGGGACCAGUUUUUCGGUUGGCUGACUGGUUGGAAGAAGACACUGGCUCAAAUUGGUGUUGUCCUUCUUAUUGUUUUGCUUGUCACUUCAUUUUUUGUUUGUUGCCUCCUUCCCUAUAUUAGAAAGCUAACUACUAAAGCUAUUGAUGCAUCCACCCCUACCUUUCUGUGUCACCCAGGUGCCCCUUCUACUGAUACUCCUUUGCCCCCAUUACCCCCUACUACCCUCUCCUCUUACAUUCCCCUCUUCUCCACUCAAGGCUAA